GACUAGUCUGAAGCAACUGUCCGCCAUAUUGCACGUGUGUGAAGUGCAAACUUUUCAAGCAAGGAAUACCUGUGGUAUGCUAGGAAAAACGGAGCUGUAACACUAUGAACACUGCUAAAAUAAGCAAUGUUACCAACUCGUCGGACCCACGCUGGGUGAACUGCCGCGUCUUUGUCGGCAACCUUAACACAUUUCAGGUGAAGAAGGAAGAUGUGGAGAAUAUAUUUGCCUGCUAUGGGCCAGUGGCUGGGAUCUCCAUGCAUAAGGGCUACGCCUUUGUACAGUAUUACAAUGAGUUUGAUGCUCGGAAUUCAGUACACGGAGAGGACGGGAUGGUAUACGCCGGCCAGACUUUAGAUAUAAACCUUGUCUCAGAACCAAAGCAACAUAAAAGAGGUGCUAAGCGACCACAUAAUGCAGGGCCUUCUGGAAAUAACUGGUCUCAGGGUGGGGGUCAAGGAGGGCCAGGACGGGGGCCAAUGGGAGGGGGUGGAGGAGGAGGAGGCCCUCCCAUGAAAAAACAGCGUCCAGGGAUGGCCCACCCCAUGGGGUCCAUUAACAAGAGAAACCUGGUGUCACUGGUCAGCAAUAUCCCCAAGGGCAGGGGCGGGAAGCCUGCCAGCACACAGCCCAAAGGACCAGUGCAGAAAUAUGACAGUCCAGACAUCUUGAUUUGUGGGAACUGCAAGUGGAUCUUCACAGACUUUGAGGAGCUGGCACUCCACAAACGGCGGACAUGUCAACUGAAGUUCCUGUGUAAAUGCAAGAGACCUGAUGGUGAACCAGCUGUGGUGUCAUGUGCUACCUGUAAGAAAGUGUUCCCCACUAGCUGGGAGUUAUGUAACCACUGCCAAACCGAACACAACAUGUCCAUAUUUGUACCACCAAUCCAAGAACAGAGUGCCAUUAAGAAAGCAGCAGAGGCCGACACCAACGGCACAGAAACAACAGAGGCUGGGAAUAGCAAAGAGAAAGAGGAGUCAAGGAAAGAAGGUGAGGAUGUGGCUGAGGAGGACACCAAUGGUGAGGAGGCAGCUGAGGAGGAGGAGGAAGAAGAAGAAGAAAUAGAUGAGGAUGCCAUGCUCCAGGAGGAUGAGGAGGCCACAGGGGACCAGGACGAGGAGAAAAACGAUGAAUGAGGAAGAUGACAAAAAUAACAAAUGAAACGUGGCAGAAUAAAACAUCCUUUUCUGUAAGGGAAAGGAGGUAAAAGUACCCUGAAGGAAUGAC